CGUCGCUACUUCCAGAAGCUCGCCUCCGCCCUCCGAUUCUGCCACCAAAACGGCGUAGCUCACCGAGACGUGAAGCCGCAGAACCUGCUCCUCGACAGAGAAGGGAACCUCAAGGUCUCCGACUUCGGCCUCUCCGCCUUGCCGGAGCACCUGAAGAACGACGGCUUGCUCCACACAGCGUGCGGUACGCCGGCUUACACGGCACCGGAGGUCGUGACACGGCGGGGAUACGACGGCGCGAAGGCCGACGCGUGGUCGUGCGGCGUCAUCCUCUUCGUUCUCCUCGCUGGGUACGUCCCCUUCGACGAUUCGAACAUCGUCGCCAUGUACAGGAAGAUCCACCAGAGAGAUUACCGUUUCCCGAAUUGGAUCUCGAAACAGGCUCGAUCCAUCAUCUACCAGAUGCUCGACCCGAAUCCGGAAACAAGGAUGAGCAUAGAAACCGCCAUGCGAACUUCCUGGUUCAAAAAAUCCCUAGAAACCUCCGAUUUCCGUGGAAGCAUCUUCGAAUCAGAUCUGUUCCUCCACAAAGAGGCGAAAUCAGCCAGCGACACAAUCACAGCGUUCGACAUAAUCUCUCUUUCCUCAGGAUUAGAUCUCUCGGGGCUGUUCGAAAGGAAAAGACGGAUGGAGAGGAGAUUCACGGCAAGGGUGUCGGCGGAAGGGGUGUUGGAGAAGGUGAAGGAGAUAGGAGAGAGGUUAGGGUUCGUAGUGGAGAAGAAGAAGAACGGAGGAGCGGUGGUGGGGUUGGGGAGGGGGAGGACGGCGGUGGUGGUGGAGGCUGUGGAGAUAACGGCGGAGGUAGUGGUGGGGGAGGUGAAGGUGGCGGAGGGAGACGAGGAUGAGGCACGGUGGUCGGAACUGAUUUCAGAGCUUGAUGAGAUCGUCCUCUCAUGGCACAAUGAUACCAUCUAAAAUCUUUCCCCCUUUUUUUUCCUGUGUAGAUUAAUUUUGCAGCUCCUUACCUUUGUGUAUGAAUAUCAAUAUAUGAUGAAAGAUCAGUUUUAAAAGUCUUCG